GGUUCAGGCAACAUGGCGGCGUUGAAAAGAAGGUUCACAAUAGAAGACAAACGGCAGAUUCUUGAGCUAUAUGACCAGCUUCCUCGGAUGAGCCAAAGAAAGGCGGCUAAACGACUUAAUAUCGCUCCGUCUAUGCUUUGGACGAUCCUGCAUAAUAGGAACUGCAUAAUCAAAGGAGAGAAUAUUAAACGUGAGAAGAAUAAGUGGGCGGGCUGCGGCAGGUCGCCGAAACUCGAGGCGAAUAUCUGGAAAUGGAUCGAUCAUUCGAGACGAAACGGAGUUCACGUUACUGAUCUGAUGAUUCACCGGAAAUCAAUGGACAUCGCGGCGCGGAUGGGGAUCGUGAGCUUCAGGCCGAGCCCCCGCUGGUACAGCAGCUUUAAGAAACGAGAGGCGGUCGUGCGCGCCAGGUAUCACAUCUACCCGGAACUGGAUGUAAACAAUCAGCCAGAUGAGUUGAGAUCUCACACCAUGCCGUGCUCUGCGUCUCCUGCUGAUGCUCAGACUCCUCAGGAACACGGCACAUAUGAACCCCAAGAAGAAAGUGUUCCAGUUAUCCAGCCGGAACAAGAAAAACUACUUCCUGUCCAGAGCAAACCCACACUCCUGAGUCGCAUAGUGAACGGUGACAUGCGGACAGUCACUGUGCCCUCAGUGCACCAGAUGCAGGAAGCUAUGAAGACUUUAGCCACGGGCUUGUUAUAUCGAGGCUUUUGUGACUUUAAUCUCCUUCAUCAAUUUGAAAAAGAAGUUGCAAAUGUUGUCAAGAGAUCAGUGGUUCAAGGCUGCCAUGACAGUUUUGUAGCCUGAGUGCUGUGUCCAUGUGUAACCUGUCUCAUCUCCUCCUUAUUCCCUACUCAGAAAGAGUCAACUUUUUGUCUCCGUCGCUCCCUAAGACACGUCCUCUCUCACCACAUCCUUCAGCGUUUUCAUGUCCCUGGCAGCUCCAACAUCUUCCUUCUCAGGAUGUGCCCGUACCAUCUCAGUCUCAUCUCUCUUAGCUUAAUUCCCAAGCUCUCCACAUGUGCUCCGAGUGUGUCUGAUGUGCUUGUUCCUUAUCCUGUCCAACCUCGUCACUCCUGUAGCAAACCUUAACGUCUUCAACUUUGCCUCCUGUCUUGGUAUUUAUACCCUGUGCCUUCUCUGUGGUGUAUUAUUUGGGGCACUAUUCUACUGAAGUGCAUUGUGAGAUUAAACCAACACACUGGAUCUGGAUCAACAACUCUACUUCACAAUGUUUUUUUUUUGGACAACAAGUGCACUGUAUAGUUAAUAGGACAUGGGUUUGGAAAUGCAAGGAAACCGCUUGGAUGGAUUUGACUGACCAUGUUGACACUAAUAACUGAAGUUUGGAGUUCAUGUAUGAAUUCGUCAGCCUAGUUUGGCUGCUGCCACUAAGCUGUCUUUUAAAUGAGUUUUCCAAAUAUAUGCUCUUGUUUACAGUAAUGGAAAAUUGAAUGCCUACUUUAUGAUGUAUUUGAUGCCUGACAUUUAAAACAUCAUAUACACACUGCGACCAAAAAGCCUAUAUUAGGUGGAUUUCUCUUUUCAGCUUUUGUUUCAGAUUGCAUUCCAAGGACAAAAUCGCACACUGCUGCUCCAUAGCUACAUACACUAUAUCCCUUACUGUCUGUUAAAACACACGUCACUCCUUGUAUAAUAUGAUACACUCUCAGAAAAUAAAGUCCCUUAUUAUACUUUUAA